UGGCCCCGCCCCCGCCUCCGACCCUUUCCCCGAAUUCUACCGCUUCAGCAUUGCCGUUGUCGUGGUGGCUACGUGGGACUACUCAGCUGCACUGUCGUCGCAGGUGGGACUUCCAGCGCCUGGCACCGCAGCCCCACAGGUAGGUGCCUCCAAGUUCUUCCUCUCUCGCCCUCUCUCUUUCUCCUUCUCUCACAUGGUUGGUGGAAACCUGUUCUGUUUCCCUCUCCUGCUAUUUCCCUUUUGUUUUUGAAUGUUUUCCUCUCGUGGAAGCUCCUUCUCGAUUGAGUGUUAGAGGCUUGCGUAUCUUUUGAUUGGUGAUUGUCGAGUUUGGUUACUUUGGUCGAGUUUGGCUGUCGAUUCUCAGUGAAGCACCGACGAGGAAGGGUACAUGGAGCGCUGGAUCGAAACUGGGAUUUCGUGAUUAGGUGAUUUCUCGAGGAGGGCGAGAGUUUGGGAUUUUGUUUAGGAGAGGGCUGGCGGAAUGUCAGUGAGGAAGGGGGUUUAGUUUGCUUACUCUGUUGGGGUGAGAGGGAAGAGGGUGGUGAGUAUGGAGACGUCAGAGAGGUCGUUUAGGUCUCGGAGGGACAGAGACGGUGCUCGAGUCGCCCCCAGGCGUGCGGUUCCCAGGCGUGUGGUGCGAAAUUGGGAGCAGUUGGUGGGGGCAGCAGUGAGUUCGGCUUUGGGGAAUGAGGACCCGGAUUACAGUGGCAGUGAAGAGGGAGAAGAUGAGAGCAGGAUGACAUCGAGAUCGUCAAGGCGUUACGAGAGAUCCGAGUCGUAUAUUGUACCGCAGUCUCUUGCUGCCCAGACCGACAUUGCUGCUGUUAUGGAAGUUGCAGAAAAGAUUCAAGACGAGGACGAUGACGUCGGCCGUAUUUUGUUCGAAUAUGCAUACAAUCUUACUCAACAAAUGGACCCCUUAAAUCAGGGACGGGGCGUUUUGCAGUUCAAAUCGGCCUUGAAAGCUGUUCUUGCGCGAAAUCGUAUAAAGCACCAAAUCGACCGCAGCCAAGAUGUCAGACUUCUCACGGAGUACCACAGGAUGUACAAAGAGAGAGAGGACAUUGAGAGCCUUGAUGCUGAGGAGAAGGCGGCUCAAGAAGGUUUCGGUCUAGAGGAGAAUCCUGAAAGUCAAGCGAGGAGAGCAAAGAAACGCAGAGAGUUCUACAAAAUUUCAAAAAUCUUGAACAAUGCGGCUGACUUCUUGGUGGCAGUGGAACCUCAAGUCAGUUCAAUUGUCGAUCCUGCUAAAGAAGCACUGGAUGCAGAUGCCAAAAAGAUGGAGGAGUUUAAACCUUAUAAUAUUCUGCCUUUGGAGUCUAUUGGUGUUACGAAUCCUUUCCAAAGUUUUCCUGAGGUGGUUGCUGCCACAAGAGCUCUGUACACAUCUCAAUGGUCUCAUUUCCCACGGUUCGAACCUGAUCACUCCAAAACAGUCGGCAGGGAUGUCUUGGACAUCUUCGAUUUCUUGCACUUUGCUUUUUGUUUCCAGAAGGACAACGUAUCCAACCAGCGUGAACAUCUCAUUCUGCUCUUGGCUAAUGCGGAGUCUCGUGUUGGUACUCUCUCUAAAGGAACUACACUGGCUUACAAUGCCAAGUUGGACGAGAACGCUGUAAAACAAGUUUUCGAUCGGAUUUUGGCAAACUACGUCCGCUGGUGCAACUUUUUGAACGAGAAGCCUCAGACCCUACUAGCGAUGAAUUCUGAAAAGAGACUCUUCUUGGCUGCUCUUUAUCUCUUGAUUUGGGGUGAAGCAGCAAAUGUUCGCUUUCUUCCUGAGUGCCUGUGUUACAUAUUUCAUCACAUGGCGAAAGAAUGUUUUGAGCUGCUGGAUCGGAACAAUGUCGAGAGAGCGACCAAAACAAUCAAAGUGGAUGAAGAUAAUAUCGAUUAUUUAUUCUUGGAUCAGAUCAUCACGCCGAUUUACAAUAUUGUGGCUGCGGAGGCCAAAAAUAGUGAGCACGGGAAAGCGCCACAUGCGAGCUGGCGAAAUUAUGAUGAUUUUAAUGAGUAUUUCUGGCAGUCAUCUUGCUUUGAUCUUCACUGGCCAUGGCGUUUAGAGUCAGGUUUCUUCACGAAGCCAAGGAAGAAGGGUGAUGGAAAGCCAUCUUCACGAGAAGAUACAAUGCCAUUAUUAGAAGCCAACAACUCCAGGAGGGAGCGUAGAGUUGGAAAGAUAAACUUUGUGGAGCACCGCUCUAGUCUCCAUUUAUACCACAGCUUUCACCGGCUUUGGGUUUUCUUGGUUUGCAUGCUUCAGGUGUUGGCAGUAUGGGCAUUUUGCAGCGAAAAUGGACGUUUAAAUCUACGUCUUCGAACAGUCAAAUUCAUGUUGAGUGUUGGACCCACAUUUGCGAUUAUGAAGCUUUUAAAAUCAAUUUUGGAUUUUGCAUUCAUGUGGGGAGCUAUAAGGAAUACUCGCAAGCCGAUUGUCUUACGUAUGUUUGUACGAUUGGUCUGGUUACUAGGCCUAUCCGGUGGUAUUGUGUACCUUUACGUGAAAACUCUACAAGAGGAAGCUAGAGAUACCCCUUCCACUCCUUGGUUUCGACUUUACUGUAUAGUACUGGGAAGUUAUGCUGGAGCUCAAGUUUUUUUCACGUUUGUCUUGCGGCUGCCAUUUUUACGAAAGCAAGUUGACCGUUGCUCAAAUGUCAGAUUGUGUCAAUUCCUGACGUGGAUGAAAGAGGAACGAUAUUAUGUUGGGCGCGGCAUGUAUGAGAGAACAAAAGAUUAUGUGAAGUACUCAUUCUUCUGGGGCGUUGUCCUAGCUUGCAAGUUUGCCUUCACCAUGCAUUUUCAGCUUAUGCCCAUGGUGGAACCCACAAGACUCAUUAUUGGAUUUGAGAAUAUUACGUACAGGUGGCAUAGCUUUGUCUCACAGGGCAACAAAAAUAUCUUUACACUUGUGUCACUUUGGGCGCCAGUUGUCAUGAUAUAUGUCUUGGAUUUGCAAGUGUGGUACACUGUAGCAUCGGCAUUGGUAGGAGGUUUGGGAGGUGCAAGAGACAAACUCGGCGAGAUUCGAUCAUUAGAGAUGCUGAGGAAGCGAUUCCUUGAUUGCCCUGAAGCAUUUGCGAAACAAAUGGAGACUAAUAGAUCAAGUUUAACACCUGCUCGAGAAGACCUAGCGGCUGAUGAGAAAAAGGCUAUUCAGAACAAAGAUGAUGCUAGAAGGUUCCUUCCUAUAUGGAAUGCUGUCAUCAAUUGUCUUCGAGAGGAAGACCUUUUGGACAACAGGGAAUGCGACAUGCUGGAAAUGCCACCAAAUAGUAACACUUAUCCUAAUGGUAAACAGGACACUGCGAUCUGCUGGCCGCUUUUUCUUCUCGCUAAUAAGGUGCAUAUUGCAGUUGAUCUUGCAGCAGAGAAUAAGCAUGACGAUCAACAAGAUAUCUGGGAGAAGGUGACAGUUGAUGAAUAUAUGAAAUUUGCUAUUCAGGAGAGCUUUCAGACAAUAGAACAGCUGUUGCUGUCUAUGUUCGCAAAUAAUAUUAAUGCACAACGAUGGAUUAUUGAUAUUUUUGGAGAUGUUAGAGGCAGAGUUGCGGACAUGGCGUUCGUGGGUCUCUACAAGUUGCACAAGCUACGGGAAGUGGUGGAUAUUAUCAGAGAUUUGACUUAUUAUUUGGGUCAAGAAGAAAACCCAGCAGUUCGGAAGAAGGCGAUAACGGAGUUGAACAGGGUUUCCAAAGUUGUCAUGAAUGAUCUGCUGGGUCGUGAAUCCAGUGAUAGACUCCGCAACUGGGUACUUUACCAGAAGUUUAUCCAAGAGGAGCAACUUUUCAGUGAUUUGCUCUGGCCUAACGAAGGAUGGCAAAAACGAGCGACUCGACUUCACAAUAUUUUGAAAGUCCAUAAAUUCAAGGACGAAGCGGAUGGGAAACAAAAGACCUAUAAUACAGAAUCCAUUCCUAAAAAUUUGGAGGCUAGACGCCGCCUAGAGUUCUUCACUAACUCUUUGUUCAUGCACAUGCCUAAAGCUCGGCCUGUCUCUGAAAUGUUCUCUUUCUGCGUGUUCACACCUUACUAUUCCGAAGACGUAAUGUACGACCUCAAAAAGAAGGGCGCUAAGAAGGACAAGUUGAAGAAGGAUGAUAUCAAAGAGCUUGACAGAGAGAAUGAGGAUGGCAUUACUAUUUUGUUUUACCUUCGAAAGAUUUACCCUGACGAAUUCAAAAAUUUCCUUGAAAGGCUAAAAGUAACUGAAAAGGAGUUCGAGCGACAGGUCUGGAAUCCGACAUACAUGAAAGAAGAGACCAAACUUGAAUUGCGACUUUGGGCUUCAUAUCGUGGCCAAACAUUAGCUAGAACAGUUAGAGGCAUGAUGUACUACAAAAAGGCUUUAGAACUACAAUCAGCGCAAGACAAGGGCUGUUCUUCAGAUCUUGAAAGUGGAGGGUCUUCUUCAUCGUUUCGACGUGGUUCACUGCAGCGAUCUCCUAAAGCCCAAGCAGAGCUUAAAUUUGUAUACCUAGUUUCUUGUCAGAUAUAUGGUGAUCAGAAGAAGACAGGGAAGCCUCAAGCAGCGGACAUACUCUAUCUAAUGCAACAAAAUGAAUCCUUGCGAGUUGCAUACGUGGAUGAAGUCACUAUAGAGUCGGGUGCAAAAGAAACCACGUACUAUUCAAAGCUGGUGAAAGUUGACAAGAUGGAUAAAGGAAAAGACCAGAUCAUAUACUCAGUCAAGCUCCCUGGGCCGUUUAAACUCGGAGAAGGAAAACCAGAAAAUCAAAAUCAUGCUAUCAUAUUUAGUCGUGGGGAUGCAGUUCAAACCAUUGAUAUGAACCAGGAUAACUACCUUGAAGAGGCUUUCAAGGUGCGGAACUUGCUAGAGGAGUUCGAUCAGAUUCACGGACGAAAUCGUCCUACUAUUCUUGGUGUUCGUGAGCAUGUCUUCACAGGAAGUGUUUCUUCGCUGGCGUGGUUCAUGUCCAUGCAAGAAAGCAGUUUUGUGACACUUGGUCAGCGCGUCUUGGCUCGACCUCUGAAGGUGAGGAUGCACUAUGGCCAUCCAGAUAUCUUCGACAGAGUAUUUCAUUUCACUACUGGUGGUGUAAGUAAAGCAUCAGCUGGUAUCAAUCUCAGCGAGGACAUCUUCGCAGGAUUCAACACUACUCUUAGGCAAGGCAAUGUCACUCAUCAUGAAUAUAUUCAGGUUGGGAAGGGGCGAGAUGUUGGUCUGAACCAAAUAGCUACCUUUGAGGCCAAAGUGGCUAGCGGAAACGGAGAGCAGGUUCUUGCUCGAGAUGUUUAUAGGCUUGGCCAGCUUCUCGAUUUCCCUCGCAUGCUCUCAUUCUUCUUCACAUCCGUUGGCUUCUAUGUCACCACCAUGAUGACAGUUUUGACUCUUUAUGUUUUUCUUUACGGGAAAGCUUAUUUGGCACUAUCAGGUGUAGAUGCAUCUUUGAAAGCCAAUAACGACAUCCUUGGGAAUAGUGCGCUGCAAUCAGUUCUAGCUUCUCAAUUUUUAUUUCAAAUCGGGAUGUUUACUGCAGUUCCUAUGAUAGUGAAUCUAGUUUUGGAGCAAGGGCUUCUAAAGGCUAUCAUGAGCUUCUGCACUAUGCAGCUGCAACUGGCUUCAGUCUUUUUCACGUUCUCUUUGGGCACUCGUACUCACUAUUUUGGGCGUAUCGUACUUCACGGUGGUGCGAAGUAUCGCUCCACUGGACGUGGUUUCGUUGUGAGACAUAUCAACUUUGCCGAAAAUUAUCGCUUGUUCUCUCGCAGUCACUUUACCAAAGCGUUUGAGAUCGUCAUGCUGUUGGUUGUCUAUUUAGCGUAUGGAGCUCAGAAUCGGACAUCAGCCACAUACAUUCUGCUCACUUUCAGUUCCUGGUUCUUAGCUCUUUCAUGGCUUUACGCGCCAUAUAUUUUCAAUCCAUCAGGUUUCGAGUGGCAAAAAACCGUGGACGAUUUUGAGGACUGGACGAACUGGAUAAUGUACAAAGGAGGUGUUGGUGUCACGAGUGACAACAGUUGGGAAGCUUGGUGGGCUGAAGAGCAGGCCCAUCUUCGCACAGCUGGCGGCAAAUUUUGGGAAUUUAUUUUAUGUUUACGAUUUUUCUUUUUCCAGUAUGGUGUCUCUUAUCAACUCGACGUGAUCCAAGGAAGCACCAGCAUAUUGGUGUAUGUUUACUCUUGGAUAUUGCUGUUUGUGUGCGUGCUGAUUUUCAAGGUGUUCACCAUCAGUCAGAAAGCUUCCUCCAAGAGAGCUACCCUUCACCUUGCCGUGCGCCUGUUUCAAGCGGCACUCUUAUUGGGCUUGAUUACGGGGGGGAUUUUGGCCAUCAUUUUCUCUCCUCUAUCCAUCACUGAUGUAUUUGCUCUGGCUCUUGGGAUUGUUCCCACUGGUUGGGGCCUUAUCUCUAUUGCCAUCUUAUUUCAACCUCUGGUGCAGUACAUUGGAGUUUGGGAUUCCGUGCGAGAGAUUGCCCGUAUGUAUGACGCAUUCAUGGGCAUAAUAAUCUUCAUUCCCAUUGCCCUGUUUUCUUGGUUCCCCUUCUUCUCCACUUUCCAGACGCGGCUUGUCUUCAACCAAGCAUUCAGUCGAGGCCUUGAGAUUUCGCUUAUUUUGGCUGGUAACCGUGCCAACACUAGUACUUAGAUGUGCCAUUCACUAAGUAGGUAGUCAUUCUUCCGUUAGCCUAGAUAACCUGCAGUGCGAUGUCUAAGGUGGUAGUCCUUUAGGUCUAGGAUUCGUCUCAAGCAAACUGCCUCCAGAUGACAGUUUUUCUUCUGUUCUGUUUUCGCAGCUGUAUUAAUGACUGCACUUUCUCAAAUUUACAUUGCAAUGA